GGACGUCGAGCGAGAUGGCGGCGCGCAGCCUCGGCAGCGGUGUGGGGAGACUGCUGCGUGGCCUGCACGGGCGCUCGGGACAGUCGGGGUGGUCGCCGAGUUUGUCCUGCUCGACCGCCACCCGGCUGCUGGGUAGCGUUCCCGCCGCAGCGCAGCCAGGCUCGUACCCCGCGUUGAGCGCUCAGGCGGCUCAGGAGCCCGCCGCCUUCUGGGGGCCGCUGGCCCGUGACACACUAGUUUGGGACACCCCCUACCACACUGUCUGGGACUGCGACUUCAGGACGGGCAAGAUCGGCUGGUUCCUGGGAGGCCAGUUGAAUGUGUCUGUCAACUGCCUGGACCAACAUGUGCAGAAGUCCCCCGAGUCCAUAGCUCUGAUUUGGGAGAGAGACGAGCCUGGGACUGAAGUGAGGAUCACUUACAGGGAGCUUCUGGAGACCACAUGCCGCCUGGCCAACACGCUGAAGAGGCAUGGAGUGCACCGAGGGGACCGUGUGGCCAUCUACAUGCCUGUGUCCCCACAGGCUGUGGCAGCAAUGCUAGCCUGUGCGAGGAUUGGAGCUAUCCACACAGUGGUAUUUGCUGGCUUUAGUGCAGAGUCCUUGGCUGGGAGGAUCAAUGAUGCCAAGUGCAAGGUUGUUAUCACCUUCAACCAAGGGCUCCGGGGAGGGCGUGUAGUAGAGCUGAAGAAAAUAGUGGAUGAAGCUGUGAAGAACUGCCCCACAGUCCAGCAUGUCCUGGUGGCUCACAGGACGGACAUCAAGGUUCAUAUGGGGAGUCUGGACAUCCCCCUUGAGCAGGAGAUGGCCAAUGAGGCCCCUGUGUGCGAACCUGAAAGUAUGAGCAGUGAAGACAUGCUCUUCAUGCUCUACACCUCUGGAAGCACUGGCUCACCCAAGGGACUUGUUCAUACACAGGCAGGCUAUCUGCUGUAUGCUGCCAUGACACACAAGCUCGUGUUUGACUACCGGCCAGGUGAUGUCUUUGGCUGUGUGGCUGACAUCGGUUGGAUCACCGGACACAGCUAUGUGGUGUAUGGACCCCUCUGCAAUGGAGCUACCACAGUCCUUUUUGAGAGCACCCCAGUUUACCCUGAUGCUGGUCGUUACUGGGAGACAGUGCAGAGGCUAAAGAUCAACCAGUUCUAUGGUGCCCCGACAGCUGUCCGGCUGCUGCUGAAGUACGGGGAUGCCUGGGUGAAAAAGUAUGACCGCUCCUCCCUGCGCACACUGGGGUCAGUGGGAGAACCUAUCAACCAUGAGGCCUGGGAGUGGCUCCACAAGGUGGUGGGUGAUGGCAGAUGUACCCUGGUGGAUACUUGGUGGCAGACAGAAACUGGUGGCAUCUGCAUUGCACCCCGACCCUCAGAAGAUGGGGCAGAGAUCCUCCCGGGCAUGGCCAUGAGGCCCUUUUUUGGCAUCGUCCCUGCACUCAUGGAUGAGAAGGGCAAUGUUGUAGAGGGUGGCGAUGUCUCUGGGGCCCUGUGCAUUUCCCAAGCUUGGCCAGGCAUGGCAAGGACCAUUUAUGGUGACCACCAAAGGUUCAUAGAUGCCUACUUCAGAGUAUACCCAGGUUAUUACUUCACUGGCGACGGAGCUCACCGGACUGAGGGUGGCUAUUACCAGAUCACAGGGCGCAUGGAUGAUGUCAUCAACAUCAGUGGUCACCGCCUGGGGACUGCAGAGAUUGAGGAUGCAAUGGCUGACCACCCUGCUGUUCCAGAAACUGCCGUCAUUGGGUAUCCUCAUGACAUCAAGGGAGAAGCUGCAUUUGCCUUCAUUGUGCUGAAAGAUGAUGCCAGCGACGCAAGCGUGGUGGUCAAUGAACUCAAGUUGGCAGUGGCCACCAAGAUCGCCAAGUAUGCUGUGCCUGACCAGAUCCUGGUGGUAAAGCGUCUCCCAAAAACCAGAUCUGGGAAAGUGAUGAGGAGGCUGCUGAGAAAGAUCAUCACCAGUAGGGGGCAGGAUCUAGGGGACACCACUACCCUGGAGGACCCCAGUGUCAUCACGGAAAUCUUGAGUGCCUUCCAAAAGCAUGAAGAGCAGCGGGCUGCCAUCAAGUGACAGGUGUGCUUCUAUCUGUGUGCUCGGACAAGGCCACACAAGACCCCUGGCAGUCCUCAGGAAAAGGAGCUUCAAAAGUGGUUUGUUUUCUCUGAGCACAUGACCCCUCUAUGAUCCCUCUAAUCCCCUAUGCGAGGCUGAAGCCUCUCUUUCUUCCUCCUGGGGCCCAGAGGGUCGCCUCUGAAGGGGGAGGCCUUUCUCCCACAUCUGGUUUCCAGAAUUAAGACAUAAUUGCCAGAGGUCUGUUCACCACUUAGCUCCAAAGCUAUCAUGCUUUCUCCAGGUGUGUCUGGAUACAAAACACAGAUAUUUUAGUUUUUACACAUUUCUAUUUAGAGAAUAACAGAACACUCAAGUGUGAUGUGAACAUAUAGGCACACGCAACACACACACACACACACACACACACACACACACACACACACACACAGAGUUAGGAAAAUCUCCCUUCUUGCCUCUGUAGGGAAGCACAGUAACAAAAUGUGCUAACUUUAGUGUGCUUGAAGUCCCCAGCAGGAAGUCUGUGCUUCUGACACACACCUGUCCUGAUGCUGCUCAUCUGAGUGGCCACAUCCACUUCCUAUGUCUACUUCAUGUUUGGUUCACUUGGUUUAUGUUAUGAUAGAACAAACUCAACAAUUCUUACAUUUUACAUGCUAAGGGUUACACUCAGGGCCUCCUAAACACUAGGCAAAUGCUCUACCUCUGAGCUACAAAGCAGCGCCUCUAACUCCCAAGAGACGGGGUGAAUGUCCUUCCCUUUACUUGUGAAAUCAUUUGGGUUUGUUUCUCUAAGCUGUGAUCUGGAAAGAACUUCUUUUCCCAAGGUACCUCAUAGGAGGACGUCGCCAUUGCUUCAACUAUGUGAGGUUGUUCAUGGGAGCCAGUCAAAAUCAGAUGUCUUAUUAAGGCUCUGGUCCCACCUGAACUGAGCUCCUGAAGACUCUGCCUGCCUUUUCUUUUGUGAUUGGGGCAGCAAGAACCACUGUGGUCCAUACAAGCUCUUGGUGCUCCAAGCAAGCUCUCUCUCAAUGUGCCUUAAGUCCUCUGGACAUUGGUGGGUGAUACAAUUGUGAAGUCGUGAAAAGCUUAUUUUGUAGCUAGGCAUGGCUAAGCAUGGGAGAGCUAAGAGUGUGGCAACUCUUUUAGCAGGGCUCUGGGGGCAGAGGAAGACUGUUCUGUCUGGUUCACAGAACUUAGCUAUAUGUUUCAGGGGUAUCUACUGUGCAUUUAAUCUGUGCUGACUUCUUGGAUAAUAGGGUAAAAAUGCUGACACUUCCAGAAGGUGGAAUGGCUGUAGUAUUCACAAAUAAUAAUAGUCCUUUGUUAGAAGCAGCAGCAAAGAGCCAUGCAAUGGACUUGACUGACCAUAGUUACUAUGCCCUUUAGGAAGUGGCCUCGGUUUCCAUGUUGCUGAUACAAGCUCUCAGAAUGAUUUAGAAAAAUAUUCAAAUAAAGCUUUAUUUUGUUUACUGUCUUUUAAUGGGGA